AUGACCAAUGCGAUAGAGGUGCCUGGCGAGGCCAAUCCUCUCACUGCCCAGACUUUAUUGAAUUCCUUAGCAGCUGCGGCAAGCUCAGUUCAACAACAGGUUCAGAUCGGCACCCAGCAGCUCCAGCAUUGGGAGAGGCAAGAUGGAUUCUAUCCUCUACUACAGGAGGCUUUUCUCGACCACUCUCUCCCGUUAGAGAUCCGCUACCUGUCCAUCAUCCAGCUGAAGAAUGGCAUCGACAAAUAUUGGCGGAAGACAGCUUCAAAUGCGAUCAAACCGGAAGAUAAGGAACGCAUUAAGAAUAGGGCUCUAGAGGCAGGCAUCGUGGAGCCAGCACCUAUGCUGGCUCUCCAUAAUGCAUUGGUGAUUGCGAAAAUUCUACGUUUUGAAUUUCCUAAUCAAGAAUGGUACAUAUGUUUCUGUCCCCUGUUCUCUUUUCAUACUCUCUUCGUCUUCGGCCUCAAGAAUAGACCCCGGAAUUCAGUACUGACAAGUUUUCUUAUUGAAAGGCCCGAUGCUCUCCCUUUCCUCAUUUCUACACUACGUACUUCAGCGCAGCCCGGCGCACCUCCGCUACAAUUCCCCCGAACGCUCGUGAUUCUGUUGCAGAUAAUCAAAGAACUUUCCACAGCGCGCAUGCAAAGGGUACGGAAAAGUCUUCAGUCGGUGACGCCCGAGAUCUUCCGGUUAUUGGGUGGUAUAUACGUUGAGAAAGUCAACACCUGGAUCACACUUAUAGAAUAUAAUCGCCUGGAUGAUGCUUCUCUACCCAAUAUUCUUGACCAGAGUUUGAUUUCUCUCAAGGUACUUCGUCGACUUGUCAUCGCCGGCUUUGAGCAUCCUAAUCGGGAUAAAGAUAUGCAAGGGUUUUGGUCACUGAGCCAUACACAGUUUGCAAAGUUCUUCACUUUUCUCGAAUCUACAACAAGCUCAUCUCCCAAUAUUAGCAAAUUAGUCAAAAAACAUCUUUUGCAAUUCUCCAAACUUCAUGUUGAAAUGGCAAAGGUUCACCCUGCAGCUUUCGCACUUCUCCCAGACUGCGUGGCUCUUGUUAAAUCAUACUGGACUGUCGUUUCCAGACUGGGCGAAGUUUACGAUGCUGAAGGGUCUUCACAGAGCAGACAGGAUAGUACCGGUGAUGGCGAUGAGAGGAAUGUUAUGGAAAUACUUGGGUUGAAAGCCCUGUUACUUAUUCGGGCAUGUGCGAAGAUGGUUUUUAAUCCAGCCCAUAGCUUCAAAUUUCAACAACCAGAAGAUAAAGAAGAGAAAAAAGAAGCGGUGGAGCUCAUCAAGUCCCAGUUGUUUACACAAGACUUUGUGGUUAUGAUCAUGGAACUUCUUGUCUCAAAGUUCUUGAGGCUUCGUCAGGCUGACUUCCAGGAGUGGGAAGAAGAGCCCGAAGAAUGGGAAAGGAAAGAAGAUACAAUGGCUGAGGCAUGGGAAUUCUCGGUUCGGCCAUGUUCAGAAAAACUCUUCCUGGAUCUUGUAAUCCAUUUCAAGAGCCUGCUUGUGCCACAGUUACUGAACGUUUUCUAUAACUUUGCGAAUCCACAAAACCAUGACAUCUUAAUGAAAGACUCUUUGUAUUCUGCAAUUGGUCUGGCUUCCGCUAGUUUAGAGCAACACAUGGACUUCAACGCGUUUAUAGAGGCGUCGUUGGUUCCCGAGGUACAGAUAAACGAACAGGAGUACAGAGUUUUGCGGAGGAGAGCUGCCAUCGUGAUAGGUCAAUGGAUGCCUAUUCAGCCUGAAAAUUUGAAUCGACAGUUUAUAUACCAGAUUUUCCAGCAUCUUUUCAACAAAGCAGAUCCUGUGAAUGAUCUACCGGUUCGCAUUACGGCAGGACGACAGUUGAAAAAUGUUCUCGAGCCGUUUGAGUUCUCUCCUCAGGAAUUCCUUCCAUAUGCGACUCCGAUAAUUCAAAAUUUGCUUACCUUGAUCCAAGAGGUUGAAUUGUCUGAAACGAAGAUGGCGCUACUGGAGACCGUCCGGACCGCUGUGGUGAAGAUGGAAGAUCACAUAUUACCCUUUUCUGAUCAUAUAGUAUCACUUCUGCCACCACUCUGGGAGCAAUCAGGCGAGGAGCAUCUCAUGAAACAAGCAAUUUUGACUCUGCUCUCAUCAUUAAUGAACGCGCUUAAAAGCGAUUCGGUCAAGUACCACAAAGAUCUUCUUCCGCUGAUCCAGAAUUCGAUAGAGCCUGAAUCAGAAACAAUCGUGUACUUAUUAGAAGAAGCACUUGAGCUUUGGUCCGCAGUGCUGACGCAGACACCAACGCCAGCAUCAGCAGAGCUUAUGUCAUUGUUCCCCCGGCUUCUUCCUAUCUUCCAAGCUGCUACGGACAGUGCGCCAUUAGCACUUCAAAUCGCAGAGAGUUAUAUUCUUCUUGCACCAAAAGAGGUGCUGAGCGACCAAAUACGUUUGCCAUUUCUUACUUCCCUGGAAAUGCUACUUUCAUCAGCUUCGCGUCAGCGUAUCGGGGUCGUCCCUCAUCUGGCAGAAAUGCUUAUACAGGCUACAGAGGGUAUAGAUGGUGGAAGCGAGAGCUCUUAUAAUGUCAUUGCGAGAUCUCUUGUUAACAGUUCAUUCUUGCAUGCCAUUCUAGAUGGGCUUCAUUCGGCAUACGAGGCCAGCCAGACAACGGGCUCUAAUAGAAAGACCUCUCACAUUUAUGGCGUUCUUGAAACCGAUUAUUUCAGCGUUCUAGCCAGACUAGCAUUGGCAAACCCAAGAGUAUUCAUAUCAGCCAUAUCUGCUGCGUCCGGUUCUUCAGAGGAGCAAACACUGUCUUGGCUUCUGACCGAAUGGUUCUUCCAUUACGACAACAUCGGACUCGUGACACAAAAGAAGUUGCACAUCCUCGCGCUUACGCAGCUACUAGCAAUCAAUUCCACGCAAGCACCACCUCCUCCUUUCCUACUGAACCAUCUCCAGUCUUACCUAACUAUUUGGACUGAUAUCGUGACUGAACUCGCCGAAGGCUACGAGGAAGCAACUGCAGACGCCAGCGGUAAUAACAAGGACAAGGACUACUUAAUAUUCUGGAACAACGCCGAGACCAGCGCAACGGGACCAGGACUCGACAACGAGCCUCCCGAAAGCUACCGUCGCCGAGAAUGGGACUCGAAGGACAUCGUGCAUUCGAUUAACAUCCGUCAUUUUAUUAGUGAGCGCCUGAAAGCCAUUGCUCAUGCUUGCGGUGGUGGUCAGCGAUUCCAGGAUGAGUGGCUUGUGAAUGUGGAUCGUGAGGUUGUGAAUGCGUUUGGAGCAUUGGGCAUAUACACACCUUUGCCGUGUUUCUUCGAGGAUAAUGAAGAUUUAGAUCUCGAGUCUUUCCGGAAACAUGUCAAAUUCAUCGCAAAAGCAGGAACUGUCCCUGUCGUUUCAGGCUCAAUGGGAGAAGCUGUUCACCUUAGUCAUUCGGAAAGAAUCCAAUUGAUCAAAACAGCUCGUUCCGCCCUCGACGAGAUUCACCUCACAGACAUGCCUGUUGUAGCUGGUAUUGGUGCACCAAGCACACGCGAGUCGAUUGAACUAGCGAAAGAAGCGGGCGAAGCAGGCGCUGACUUUGGCAUGGUAAUUCCACCGGGAUAUUAUGCGGGUGCUCUUCUCUCCAAUCCCAGUUCGCUCAAGCAAUUUUUCGUGGAUAUUGCUGCAUCAUCACCAAUUCCAAUAAUGCUUUAUAAUUUUCCUGCACUCACAAAUGGCAUCGAUCUGGAUAGUGACCUCAUCGUUGAUAUCAUCAAACAAGCACCCAAUAUCUGCGGUGUUAAGCUAACAUGCGCCAAUGUUGGCAAACUUACACGCAUCAUGGCCCAAGUCAACAACCCCGAAUUUCAAGCCACAUACCCCCGUCAACACCCAGAGAUACCAUUCCGGGCCAUCGACGGUUUCAUUGAUUUCCUUCUACCAUCUGUUUCUGUUGGCUCGUCGGGUGCGAUAAGCGGCUUGCCAAAUAUUGCUCCUAAAGUCUGCGUGAAAUUAUGGGAGCUGUGUGGAUCUCUUGCGGAUCCUGCCAAGUACCAAGAGGCCCAAAGGCUACAGAAUCUCGUGUCUCUAGCUGAUGGAAUUGCCUUAAAAAUAGGGGUUUCGGGGAUGAAGAAACUACUACAGCAGCAGUUCGGAUACAGUGAGAAACCAAGGCGACCGCUUUUACCUAUGAGUGAUGAGAAGGCUCGAGAAAUGUUCUCGUCCGUAUUUUUGAAGAACCUGCUGGACGCCGAGGCUUCGCUAUGA